CCAGGAAUAAAAUUUCUAAAAGACAAUUCAUUACGCCUCAUCGUUGGCUAUGAUACAAUACAAGUGUGGGGAUAUUCUGAAAACAUAACAUAUAAUCUUUUAUACAUCUGGUCAAAAUGGUCGAAUGAAAAAUCCAAAGAUAAAAAGAUAAACUCGUUUAAAAUUAGAGACGAUGAAAAAGGAUUAAAAAUCAGCCUAAAAUUAGAAACCGAUGAUAUUAUUACGAUUACUAUUCCAAAGAAUGCACUUUCUGAGCAAAUGACAAAUAAACAAAUUUUUCUCGACAAUCUUGAUGCAUUCGAAUUUCUACAUUCGAUUUGUCAAGUAGAUUCAAUUGCCAGAGACAAUCAAUUAAAAAAAAUUCUGAUGUCGACCGAAAAAAUGCUAAUUAGAAAAAUAGAAUCCAAAGAAAUCGAAGUUGGCUUUUGGAGAUUCCUUGAUUUAAAUCAUAAAAUCAUGAUUAAAUUUAUCGAAAAAGGCUCCGUCAGAAUUAUUGAAUCAUUUUUAUCGAAACGCUAUAUUGAACACAAAGAUCAACAAACAAUCAAAACAUUAGAGUUUGGUUUGCAUGUUCCCUUUUUUGAUAAUAGAAGAACUGGAUAUAAUGUUUUGUCAAUUGCAAUUGAUAAAGAAAAACUUGAAAUAAUACAAGCUCUUAUGGACUAUUACAUAUCUUGGGGAUCAUAUGAUAUUGGAUAUAUGAGUCUUUUCUCAGAAUCUUUACCAAGUUUUUAUAAAAAAUUCCCAGAAACUAUGGUCAAAUAUUUUUCGAAUGAAAUAUUCUGGUGUAAAGAGCAAGAAUUACCGGCAACAGCAAUUUGUGAUUUAAACAUUCUUAAGAUCAAAAAAGAGAAAAUUCUUCCAAUUUCAUAUACAAACAAUAUAUAUCAUCAGCUUUAUCAAGGCAACAAAUUUUUUGAUAAUAAAAAUAUAGCAUUCAAAACUUAUGUCUAUUCUUCUAUAAAACCUAAAUCAUCGCCAAUCAAUUUUAGUCCUUUAAUACGUUUCCUUGAGUGUGAUCCCUAUUCUGAUAUUUUGAUGUUUCCAGCAAUCGAUGCUGCUUUGAAGUUUAAAAAUUCAAUAGGCAACAAUUCUGUAUAUCUCACGCCUCAAGCUAUAGAAAAAACAGAUGUAAAUGGUUGCAAAGCUCAAGUUACAAUAUUCGCUUUCACAGCUUUAAUAAUCUGCAUACAACAAUUUCUUCGCUUAAGAUUUAUCGAAAGUAGGUUUCUAUUACUUCAUUUUACUCCACCUUUUAAUGAUAAAACAUCAGAACCCGGAAUUAAUAAUACGAGUUCUUCGAUGGGCGUUGACGAAUUCAAUGAUACUUCACAAAAUUAUUUUUGGAAAAUGGAAACUUCUGUAGAGGCCGUUUAUUUUUGGCUUAAUGGAAGAUGGGAUUAUUUAGAUAAAUGGAACUUUUGGCCGAUUCACUUUUUAUCCGUGACUGGGGGAUUUUUUCUGGUCAUUGUGACACAAAAUAUGCUGAUUGCUUUUAUGUCGAAAAUAUAUGACGACAUAAAAAAGAAAAAAGACCAACAUUCUAAACUAGCGAUUGCCCGUAUUUUAUCUGAAACUUUAUCUAUACGUGAAAUAGCUAAGCCACUCUGGAUAUCUCUGCUGAUUUAUAUCUCACGAAUUUGUGGAUUAAGAAGGAUUUUGUAUAACGAUAACGAUAAACUAUUUUCUUUUUUAAAAAAGCAAAAGUUACUGUCACCAUCUCGGCCUCGACUUUUAUAUUUUGCAGCUGAUCCAAAAUAUAUUGACGAAUAUCGUAAAAAAUUCACAUUACAGACGUAA